AUGGGGCAAGGUACUGCCGCUGUAAUGUGCCCUUGCACAAUCUGCAUCGCACGAAAGAAAGAAUUUGCAUCGUAUCUGACGGCGCCUCCGAAUGAGCAAGCUCCGAAUCGAGAGGGAGAUCUCGCAAACCCAAAUGUCUAUGAGGCCUUUAUAGCAGAUGCAAAGGGAUUGGUUGAAUGGGUGAGGUUGAAUUCGGCAGGACGAGCCAGAGCACUGAAACUCAAAUACCACAGCGUUGUCCAUGAGCCGCUGCUGUACACGAUGCCAGAGUUAAACUCUUGCUCAGGAAUGCAUGUCUCGAGUGGGCUGUUGACACAUUGCACGCUGAAGGUGUUGGAAUAUUUGGGCGAGCUUGACAAAUCGACGCCGUGGCUGAUGGAGUUGACCGACAUGGUUGAGGAGGCGAAGCAGUACGUGCGAACAGCUACCGACAGUACAGAGAAGCUCCGAAAGACGGAUGCAAAGAUAGCUCGAGAUAUCAAGGCGGCAGCAUCAAUGGCACCCAUGAUGGUCGAACAGCUGCAAGCAGAGCGCGAAACGAUUUCAUCCAAGUUGCGGGCCGAGACCAAAGCAAGAGAUGCAGCCAAACUCUUCAUUGAAAAAGGAAGUGAGUUCUUGGGAGGUGUAGCAAAGAAAACAAAGAGCAGAAUUGUUGGUCCAGCCACAUAUUGUUUUAGGAAAGCUUAUGAAGUUGAUGGGAGAGUUGGUUUCAGAGUCGAAAACAGUGGGUUUGAGCUAUCCAACGGGGAUGGCAUCCGAGUGCUUGAACGGAGGGAAAAAAUAGUCGAUCGAAUGAAGAGAGUAUUUGACGACAAUCUUCCUAUGCAGCAGGCUGUCGACAAGAUGAUGGACACCUACCUGAAGCUCGCAAGCUUGCUCUACUGGAUGUCAGUGACAAUGAAGAGCCAGCGGAAGUGGUCCCUAGAACAAUGCGAAGAGUUUGAAUCAACAGCACGAGAGUAUGCCAAGCUCUGGCUUUCUUUUGCUGGAGGCGACAACGAGGACCCUGCCAUAUUCAACAAACUGCAUGUCUUAGUUACUCACAUACCCCAAUUUGUCCGAACCAAUGGAAUGCUUGGAAGGUGCUCGGAGGAAGGAUUCGAGUCUUCCCACAAAUGCAUUGAAAAGGUUAGGGACCCACUGAAAUGCAUGACAUCGACAGAAGACAGAGCCCACACGAUCUACAGACGAAUUAUGCUCCAAUCCAGACCUGAGAUUGAAAGGACGUUCGAAAGCAUCAAUGAGCGUUUCUCGCAAAAGAAAAGAGGGUCCUACAACAAAGAUCCAACCAAAAUGAAGACAGCUGACAGUGCUCCGGCCGGAGGAGAUGUCGUCGACAGUCUCUCUCUUCCUGACGGAUUCAUUCAAUCUAUUAACGGGUAUGUGAUCAAGGCAUCUUGGAAAGACCAUUUCGAGUUCGUUUGCUUCAGCAAGGUGCCGUCAUCUUGGUCAACCGUUUUCCGAGAGGACAAUCGGUUGGGUGAUGGGUGCCGUCUUCGCACGGAAUACUUAUAA